AGCGAGCGUGCGAGCGAGCGGGUGCGGCCGGGUUCCGCAGCCCUGGCGCCCGCCGCCGCCCGCAGCCCCGCAAUAUGCCUCCGUGGCUCCCUGGCUCUUCGCCAUGGCGAGGCUCUGCCGGCGCGUCCCCUGCGCCCUGCUCCUCGGCCUGGCCGCGGUGCUGCUGAAGGCGCGGCUGGUCCCCGCGGCCGCUAGAGCCGAACUCAGCCGCUCCGACCUCAGCCUCAUCCAACAGCAGCAGCAGCAGCAGCAGCAGCUGCAAGAGCAAAAGCAGCGGGAGGAGGCGGAGGAGGAGACGCCGGAGGUGCCUGGGGCAUCCUCUACUUCGGCGGCUCCAGUGUCGGUAUUCAUGCUGAAAGUCCAGGUCAAUGACAUCAUUAGUCGCCAGUACCUGAGCCAAGCAGUUGUGGAGGUGUUCGUUAACUACUCGAAGACAAGUUCUACCGUAACUAGGAGCAAUGGAGCAGUAUUGAUUAAAGUACCCUACCAAUUAGGACUCAGCUUAACCAUCAUUGCUUACAAAGAUGGCUAUGUCUUGACACCUCUGCCUUGGAAAACUGGAAGGAUGCCAAUAUAUUCUUCAGUUACACUUUCACUGUUCCCGCAAAGCCAAGCAAAUAUAUGGCUCUUUGAAGAUACCGUUUUGAUUACUGGAAAAUUAGCUGAUGCCAAAUCUCAACCAAGUGUUCAGUUUUCAAAAGCCUUCAUUAAACUUCCUGACAACCAUCACAUCAGCAACGUGACUGGCUAUCUAACAGUUCUACAACAGUUUUUAAAGGUGGACAAUUUUCUGUAUGCGACUGGAGUCACUUUUAAAUCAGGUUUAGAAAACAUUGAGUUGACUCCUCUUGCUGCAAUAUGUGUGAAAAUAUAUUCUGGAGGAAAAGAAUUAAAGGUGGAUGGCUCCAUCCAUGUUUCUCUUCCUCUCGUACAUACAAGUAAUGUGAACAUAGGAGAUCGGAUACCUGCUUGGACAUUUAAUAUGGACAUAGGUGCGUGGGUGCAUCAUGGCUGGGGAACAGUCAAGGAACAUAACAGUCAUUUGAUCUGGACCUAUGAUGCACCACAUCUGGGCUACUGGAUAGCAGCUCCAUCCUCAGUCACUAUAGGUUCCGGUAUAAAUGAAGAUUUCCAGGACAUCACUGCCUACCACACAGUGUUCCUUACAGCCAUAUUAGGGGGAACAAUCGUCAUCAUCAUUGGGUUUUUUGCUCUGCUGCUUUGUUAUUGCAGGGGGAAGUGUGGAACACCACAGAAAAGAGAAAGAAAUAUCACUAAGCUUGAGAUCCUCAAGAGAGAUCAGACAACGUCAACAACACACAUAAAUCAUAUCAGUUCAGUCAAAGUUGCAUUAAAAGCUGAAGAUAAACCACAGUUGUUUAAUGCCAAAACCUCCUCCUACAGUCCCCAGAAAAAGGAAACCACAAAGAUGGAGGCAGAAGAAAGAAUUUCCAUGGUGAAAACUCGGGACAACUUUAAAAUAUACAAUGAAGAUGUUUCCUUUCUGUCAGUCAAUCACAAUAAUUAUUCAAGAAACCCAACACAGUCUUCGGAGCCUAGUAUAGGAAGCAAACAGCCAAAGCAUAUUAAUAACAAUCUCUCUCCGUCGCUAGGCGAUGCUCAGGAGGAAAAGCGGUAUCUUACAGGGAACGAAGAGGUGUAUGGGCUUUCCCACAUUCCCGAGCAGCUCAUGCACAUCUACAGCCAACCUAUUGCCAUCCUCCAGACAUCAGACCUUUUCUCCAUGCCAGAGCAGUUACAUGCCGCGAAGUCUGCCACUUUACCAAGAAAGGGACAAUUAGUCUACGGCCAGUUGAUGGAACCAGUGAACAGAGAGAACUUUACACAAACAUUGCCCAAAAUGCCAAUGCACUCUCACGUCCAGGCCCCAGAUGCCAGAGAGGAAGACAUCGUCCUUGAAGGUCAGCAGAGCCUGCCAUCCCAGACCUCGGAUUGGAGCCGAUACUCCAACAGCUUGUUGGAGUCUGUGUCUGUUCCUGGAACUCUAAAUGAAGCUGUUGUGAUGACCCCCUUUUCAUCGGAACUUCAGGGAAUUUCAGAGCAGACCCUCCUAGAGCUGUCCAAAGGCAAGCCCUCUCCGCAUCCCAGGGCUUGGUUCGUGUCUCUGGACGGAAAGCCUGUGGCCCAAGUGAGACAUUCCUUCAUAGACCUGAAAAAGGGGAAGAGAACCCAGAGCAAUGAUACGAGUCUAGACUCCGGGGUGGAUAUGAACGAGCUCCAGUCAAGCAGAAAGCUGGAGAGGGAGAAGACGUUCAUCAAGAGCAUGCAUCAGCCCAAGAUCCUUUACCUGGAAGAUUUAGACCUGAGCAGCAGCGAGAGUGGAACCACCGUCUGCUCCCCCGAGGAUCCUGCACUGAGGCACAUCUUAGAUGCGGGGAGCGGGGUUAUUAUAGAGCACCCCCGGGAAGAGUCUCCAGGAAGGAAAAGCACCGUGGAAGAUUUUGAAGCCAACACAUCUCCCACUAAAAAAAGAGGCCGGCCACCGCCACUAGCCAAAAGAGACAGCAAGACUAACAUCUGGAAGAAGCGAGAGGAACGCCCACUGAUUCCCAUAAACUAAUUGCGAGAGCCGUGUAUCUCUGUAGCCUCUGCUUCUUGUAAAUUGCAGUGUGAGCUUCGUAGGAAGCCGAGACUGAGCAAUCUCAUGGGCCAUAGACCCAUCUCAAGCAAAGCGGAUGGUAAAAUAGUAAUUCAAAAAUCAGAAAUGCUUUCUCUGGCCUGUUCCUUUUUUUCUUCAUUGUUUUGUUUUUGGGUGAUGAAGUUAUCACGAUGUAAAAUAAUGUAAAGAUGUUAUCUGAAAAUGUUGCUCAGUUUGCCAACUGGUACUGGCUCUUAAGAAUACAGCUGUGAAAUGUGUACUACAGUUGCUUUCCAAAAUCUUGCCUCUGCCUUGGUCUUAGAAAGGCAGGCACCUUCUUCAGGCCUCACCUUCGUGCAGUGUGACUGUGACGCCCUUUCCUGCCUAUGCUUAAAAACAGCUUCAUAAAUGUUUGUAUGGAUGUUAAAGAUUAAACAGCAUUUUCUUAUUUGAUGGCUUGUGGGUUGUCGCUACCAACGUAAAUCCUGUUCAGGAAGCCCCCAGCUCAUUAGAGAAGGAGACCCAAUUCUGGUUAUUUGGGCAUAUAGGUUUAUAGAGUAAAUAACAUAUUGACUUGUUAGGUAGAAAUUUGAGAAACAAAAAGUCUGAUAUUGUCCUUUUAUUUCGAAUGAAGUGACCUUAGUUACCAGCUGAAAGAAGGCUUUGACUUUAAGGUUCAUGAAUCCGUAAAGGCUAAAAUUGGUUUUUAAUAUGUUUUUGAUAUCUCCCCCAUUCCAAAUCAGUCAUUUAGAGACUAUCAGAUUUGAUUUAAAAAUACAAAAAUUUCCUUAGAGUGCCGAAAAACGAAUAGACUGUAGAGACAAAGGAAAAUGGAUAUUCUGUAUAAUUGGGCAGGAAAAGAAAGACCAGUUUCCAGAUAUGAAAAAUAAAAUCUCCAGGCUUUGAGUUCCAUUGCUAAAUGUUGACACUUUGGAACGACGCUGGAGAGCAGUCUGGGGAUUCCAGGGGACGUGCUCUUUGUCUCCUGAGCUUGUGUAGCCUCCCUUGCAGUGUCAGGAGUUUACAACUGUUCUCUCAGCGUGGACUCAGGAGCUGUUUUCAAUUACCUGUCCUCCACUCUUCUAAACAGAAGGGCUCUCUAGUAGCAUCAACCAUCCUGUUUUACUUAAACAUUCUGCAUCAACCAUCCUGUUUUACUUAAACAUUCUCACGAGGACAUUCAUGCAAGCAGCUCCCCCUUUCUUUUGGCGGGAAAAAAUGGCUCUUCUCACCCCCUACCACAUGAGCAAAUUCAAGCCACCUGAAUAAGUCUGAGGAAACUAAAACAGACACUCAAACUUUGUAAAACAGUAGCUGGACGAUGGAAGUCAGCAGCUUUUCUCCCUGAGACACAGACUUCAGCCAGUUUUUGCUAAAAUCACUUCUGAAGUAUCUGUCUUAAUUCCCUUGGCUUUCUGCAUUUAACCCAAAGAAUGCAAAGACCUUUGCCUAUGUUUCUUGUAUAUUACCCCUCUCCAUAUAUGUUUGGGUAACACAUAAACUUACUACUGGGGGUAGAGUGAUACAGCUCAUGUUUAGAGGAGGCUUUUUUAUUGGUUCUACACAGAAAUCGAUCAUACGCAGCAUGAAGACGAACAAAAAAUAUGACUUGGAGAAGUAUAAGGAGUUAGUGCUCUGUGGAAGUGCCUUUGACUCAGACUUGCAUUAGGAGGAUUAAGAACAUCUUUCUUCCGUGUACAUUUUGUUAGCCAAAUUCAACAGAUGUGCAGUUAUUAAGAGAUAUAGACCUAGUGUUUCAUGUUGGAACAAGGAAUUUUGCAUGUAAGAUUUUCUUUCUGCGUGUUGUUUUUCGAAUCCAUAAGAUUCGAAAUUGCUUAUGUUGGAAUGAGGUUAGGAACGACAUAGUUAAAUACUGCACCUGUUCAACACUUUAAGUGUGUAUCCUCACCUUUAAAAGGGUUUCAUGUCUCAACUGGGCAAGGAAAUACACAUAUAAACAUGUGCAUAUAUGGCCCAAGUAUGCCAGUGACUUCGCUCAUUCUUGUCUAAGGGAAAUGAGAUGAGGUAUCCUAAGGGCUUUUAUAGAAUUUUAAUUUCACAAAAUACUUAAAAAGAAAACCACUGCAGUGCUGUUUUUUGAUUAGGAAUGUUAGGCAGUUUAUCUUUCCUGAUCAGAGGAAUGUGACUUCUCAUUAGUGAGCUAUUCACAACUCCUGGUAAAAAGCUGAAGCCAUCUGUCUACCUUUUCUUAACCCAAGUGAUAAACCAACACUACUCACUACUUUCUUAAAUUUUUAAAUUGAAAGUCAACGCAGACUUUUGCAUAUAUAAACUAGAGAAUUUUGGUUACAAAUUGUUGACCUUUGUGGGUCCUUUGUAUAUAGUUUGGAAAAAUCUUGAAGGCAAAGCUAUCAAUUAACCGAUGGAGUCAUUUACUAAAUAAAGCACAACUAUGUGCAGUUUUGACUACACACGAACUUGAAACUUUAUAAAACCCAUUUUUAUGACUUUGCAGUUGAAUAGGGAUCAUGCCCUUUUAUAAUUCACAGUAUGCCACAAAGAUUGCAAACACUGAGGUAUAGUAAAUCUCUGCUUUGCUUUGUCAGUUACUGUCAGGUGGGUUUCUAUGGAUUUGAAUCCUUCACUAUCAAUAUCCAUGAUAAGGUUUUAGACAUUUGGAGGUCAAAUAUUGUCCUUCGAAACUUCCCAGAAAGGUAAAAUUCAAAACUCCAUAUUUAUUUCUAUGGCUUGAGUUACUCUUUGUUGUGUGCAGACAUUAUAAAGAGGUCCACUUGGUUUCGACUUCAGAUCCAGAGCUGACGUCUUGCCCGCUUGUUCCCAGGCGUCUCCUUAGUCUUUUUCCUUUGUCUUCUUUCAUCACAGAAGUCUCAUGUUUUGGUGUAUUUAUUGCUGUUACUGUAUUUCUUGAACAGUCUGAAGAUUUGUAAAAUGUUACAAACAGUUCUUUAAGGAUAAUAAAAUCAGUUUAAAUGUA